CGACGACGACAAAAGCGAGGACUGAUAUCUGGGGUUUUCAGAGGUUGCCAUUGGUGGAGGCACCCAUGAUUGUCGGCUGGUUGAGUUAGCAUUCAAUGGACAAGUUCCCAACGAACAACCUGGAAGAGCAACUGCAAUGGUUCAGGUCCACCCGCUCCUCCUCGACGGCAUCGCAGAAGGAAGCCGAAAAUGAGACGAGACCAGUGCCAAGCUUCCGGCCCGGAGUGGCAGUCGCCUUUCAGCCUGCUAUUUUGCCGACCCCUGCAGCUCCGAAUGUGCACGCAAGGCAGUCUUUCACUCCGAUGGCACCGAAUUCCUUUGCCAGAUCGAACUCCACCGCAGAAGCCGCGAGGCCCUCUUUCAAUACUCCUCAAAUAACCAGCCAUGGUCAGCCGAUGGCCAGGUCGAACUCUGGUGGAACUGUCGAAACAUUCGCGAGGCAAAAGACCACGGUUGGAAGUUUUGGAUCCGCUAUCUCGACCGUCCCCACACGAUUCAAGGCAACGAGGACGACUGAAGGGGCACCUCCGAACCGCCCGAAACGCAAGUCGGACAGUUUCGCUGUGGAAGAUGACGAUCUUGCUUCCAUGACGACACCUUCCUCUCCGGAGGAAACGCGGAAACGGCAAAGAACCAGUCCUGCGCCCGUUGAAGGGCCUUGGGAGUCGGGAGAUGAUGAAUUUUUUGGCGUCGAUGAUGAUGACAUGCUCAACGCGCAGAUGCUCGAGGACUUUGAAUCGCGAGGGCGCUCUGAUACCCGUGCAAGGCGCUCGUUCUAAUAGUAACUUCACGGGCCACGGUCCCAGCCGCCUGGAACUCGAAACAUUGCGCACCAAGUUGAUCGACGAGAAAAGGACUGUAUCCGAUUUACUACUGGACUUGAUGGGAGCUGGUAACGUGGAUC